AUGUGGUUAAGAUUGGGAGGCUACAAUCUUAUUUUUCAACCUUUUUCCUGCACGUUGACGCUGCAGCAGCGCAUGGACGUGCUGGUGGGGGUGGCGCGGGGGUUGGAGUACCUCCACCAGUUUGACAUCGUGCAUCGAGACAUCAAGCCUGCCAAUGUGCUGCUCGAUGCCAAAAUGCAGGCGAAGAUAUCAGAUUUUGGGCUGGUGCGGAUAACGGAGGGCACCACAGUGAAUCCCACUCGAGUGGUCGGCACUCCGGGCUAUGUGGACCCCGCUUACUCGCGCACCAACAAGGCCACGCCCAUGGCUGACGUUUUCAGCUUCGGCGUGAUGAUGCUUGAGAUCCUGCUGACCAAGCCUGUCGUGAUGCACGAAAAUCGCGGAGUGAACAUAAAAGACUGGGUCAAAGAACGCGUGCAAGCAGGCGACAUCGAAGCCAUCAAGGAUCCUAACCUUGAUUCAAUCCCCAAUGAGCUUCUACUCAAUCUGGUGGAGCUCGCACAGCGAUGCACAUCAAUGCCUGCCUCCUCUCGCCCGCACAUGCCUGAAAUUGUCGCGCAGUUGGGCGCGAUUAAAACGGAGAUUUGUGGAGGUGAGGCGUCGACAAAGGAGCCGAGGCUGCUGAAGAUUGAUCAAGAGGCUAGGAUGUUCUAUGCACCCGCCGCGCGCACCAUGGAUGAUGAGUUGGAUCUUCUUGACCGGGGGCGCACUCGUUAG